GCAUUUUAAUUAAUCCUUUUGCUAAGUUAUUUUUGCGCUUUUUAAAAAUAGUUAUAACAUUAAAAUCGAAAUAUUGCUUCCAAUAUUCGACAGCUGUGUCGAUGAUUGGAAAUUCCAUAUAUACCAGUAAUCGACAUCAGUAUUUUGUUUGCAGGAAUGGCACCCAAAAAAUCUUAUACGCCGUUACAAAUGGCGCAGGCUAUUACAGCCGUCCGUGAAGGUGAAAAAAUUUCAACGGCAGCGAAAAAGUUUGGUGUUCCCAGGAUCACCUUACAUGAUAAAAUUUCCGGUAAAACUCCAAUUGAAUGUUCUAUGGGCCCUAGUACAUAUUUGUCAACAGAAGAGGAAGCUAUUUUAGAAAAAUGGAUACUGGACAUGGCUGAACGACACAUUCCUAUUACUAGAGAUGAGUUGCUUGAUAGCGUGCAACGUAUCAUCGUUGACCAAAAAAAGACUACUCCCUUUACCGACAAUAGACCCGGUAAGAAAUGGUACAAUCUAUUUCUUAAGAGACAUCCUUCAUUGUCUGAGAGAACGGCCCAAAAUUUGACCACAGCACGAGAUGCCGUUACAGAAGAAGGUAUAAAACGUUGGUUUGGGGAAGUGAGCUCUUAUCUUCAGGAAAACAACCUUAGAGAGAUAUUAGAAGAUCCGUCGCGAAUUUUUAACGGAGACGAAAGUGCUUUUUAUUUAUCACCCAAAGCCGGAAAAGUUUUAGCAAAAAAAGGUGAUAAGCACGUCUACCAAUCUUCUGGAGAUGAAAAAGAUAACUUGACGGUACUAAUUACCGGAAAUGCCGCUGGACAAUUAGCACCUCCAAUGGUAGUUUUUUCUUAUGAAAGAAUUCCAUCCACAAUUUCAUCCAAAUUUCCAGAAGAUUGGGCUAUGGGACGAUCUCCGAGUGGCUGGAUGUGUAGUAGUACAUUUUUUGAAUACAUUGCCAACAUUUUUAAUCCAUGGUUAUUACAGCAAAAUAUACCAAAACCCGUCUUGUUUUUUUUGGAUGGCCAUAGAUCUCACUUGACAUUACACCUAUCGAACUUUUGUGCUCAAAAUGGCAUAGAAAUCGUGGCAUUAUAUCCAAAUAGCACACAUAUCCUUCAGCCAAUGGACCUAGCUAUUUUCAGGCCAUUGAAAAUAUAUUGGAAUAAAGCUGUCAAGGAUUGGAAAUUAAAACAUUUAGGAAUGAAUUUAAAAAGAGAAGAUUUUGCCCCUGUUCUUAAGACAGCGUUGGAAUCAAUAACAGAGAGUUCUGUUAAAAAUGGAUUCCGCGCUGGUGGAUUGUAUCCCUUUGGCCCUGACUACGUCGAUCUCUCCAAAAUAAAGUCUCGCAACAAGAAGGAGGCUUCGUCAGAACAAAUAUUGUUUUUUGAUUAUCUAGAAAAAGAAAUAGUGGCGAAGCUACAGAAGGAAAAGUUGCAGAUAUUUAAUGACCUUUACUAUAAAGACAGACAAAAUUUAAACAUUCACUUAAAUGAAGAAGACCUAUCGCUCUACAUAAUAUGGGCUAGUAAUAAGCAAGCUAUUGAACUUUCAGGUCACGUUAAUGAGCAAUCUACUUCACCCCAGACCCUCGUUGAAAUACCAAAUCCUAAUGAAAUCAAUCCUGCAGAAUCUCUUUCUGCUACAAAUGCAGAUACAGAUGUACAAUAUCAAUUUGACAUACAACUAGAUCAUGACUAUUUACCACAUAUUACUCUAUCUAAUGCAGGAUAUGACGCAACCACAUCCACUUGCACCCCAAAUGACGCUCCAAAAUCUAGAGAAAUACUGGAUAAUUCAUUGACUGUCGCUAGCCCAAGUUCUAACUUAAAUGAUCCUAUUCCAACAACUUCAACUUUCUGUUCUUAUACGUUUAUGUUUGAUAUUGCCACAAAAAUAACACCUUCAAAAGAAUUGACAAGACCUGGGAAUUCUCAAAUCGGCCAAAGUUCUGCAGAAAAGACACCCGUGAAAGAGCUGACAAGACCUGAGACAUCAAAAAUUAACCAAAGUUCCAUAAAAAAGACACCUUUGAAAGAGCUGGCAAUACCUGGGACAACAAAAUUUAUUCAAAAGAAAGGAGAAAGUACAUAUAUUAUUCCAUCACCAUUUAAGCGAAAUUUAUUUUGGCCAGGAGAAGAUGAAAACAAAGGAAAAAAAAGAAAACUGAAGGAAAAAAUUCCUUUUGUUAUAACAAGUAAACCAUGGAGGGAAUAUAAUGAAAGGAAAGACAUUGAAAAAAAAGAAAAAGAGAAACAAAAAGAAAUUAAAGCCAAAGAAAGAGAAGAAAGAAGACUAUUAAAACUGAGAGAGACGGAAGGAAAAAAGAAACGACAGAUGGAGAAAGAAAUUAAAACCAAGGAAGGGAAAAAGAUAAAAAAAUCUAAACCAGAUGACACAUCUUCAGAUAAUACGGACAUUGAAGUGCAUUAUGCAGAAAGUGAAGACAGCUUAGAUAUGCAAAUAGAUGCAGAAAAAACAGAACAUGAAAAAUCUGAGAGCUCGACUCAAUCCGAAGAUGUGCCACUGAUCAGAUUUUCUAAGAAAUCUAGAAAAUAUUCCAUUGGAAACUAUGUCAUAAUAAGGUAUGAAGGGAAAUACUUCCCAGGCGUAAUAGAAGGUAUUCGUGGAAAUAGAUUUGAAAUUAGUACAAUGACCUUUUCAGUGGGAAACACAUACAAGUGGCCGGAAAAAAAAGAUAAAAUCUUUUAUGAAAAGUCUGACAUCAUUGAGGCAAUAUCCCCACCAGUGCUGUGCAAUAAAAGGGGUUUCUAUACGAUACCCGAAAUGAAAAAAUAUCUACCUUUUGCUAUUUAACUUUUAUUAUAUUUAAAGAGGAAUAAGACUUUUUGAAUAUUUUGUUUUUAAGAUUUUUAAAGAAUUUCAAGCCAUCAAGAACUUAGUUUUAUAAGGCUACUUAAAUAAGUACUAAUAUAACAAUUUGUGAUUUAAUUUAGAUAUAAGUUUUGCUUUAAUUGCUAUUGGCAAGAUCUCUUAAUAUAGACUGAUUAUUAUUAAGAAGGUACUUACUUAGUAAGUUAUAGCAAGUCUGUGAUUAAAAGUUGCCAUUGUUUUUAAGGAAAAGUUAAACUGUUGUUACUAAUUGUCAAAUAAUAUUAAGAAGAACUUUAUGUUUUAUUUACGAAUGUUUAACAUUUGAGGCGAUGAUACCUAAUACUUCUAAUAGUAAAAAUUGUCAGCUAAGCUGAAAUUAUGUUAAAUAAUUAUAAAUUGUACUAAACAUAUCAUUAUGUUUUCACAAUUAUUAAAUGACUGAUUUUUUAAAACUUAAUUU